AUGGCAGUAGAGGCAGUAGUAUCUGUGGUGUUACAGAAACUAACGGACAUGCUGAAAGGGCAUUCACAAUCCCAAAACAAAGUCAUAGUCUACGACGUCCAGGAGAUCAUUAAGUCGCUCAAUUCGUUGAAAAAGUUGAUGGAAAUCAACCAGCAACCAGAAGAAUACCUUGAUGCUGUGUACAACAUCGAAGACGGGAUUGAGAAGUUCACUCUCAUUGUUGCUUGCAGGAGGGACGUAUUUGGUUUCUUAACAAACCAUAUUUUCUUCUUCAACAACUUGAAAUCUUGCUACAAUAUCCACCAGAAAGUAAAGAAAAUCACUACACAACUGAUGUACCUAAGAGAUCAUCAACCUCACCAGAGGACUCCUAUAAUAGAAGUUUCAAACGAAGAAAAAGCUGAUAAAGAACCUGUGGGUGAAAAUCAUACAACUGUAAAAAAUCACACCCCUUCACAGGGUUCUUCUUAUACUUCAGAAACACAAGAAACAAAUCAUGUAGGUUGUAUGGAUGAACUAAGCUUCAGUUACUCAUGCAACGAAGAAGAGAUUCAGAUUGUCGGUGUCAAAGAACGUUUUCAGCAAAGACGGCGAAUUUCAAGCUUUUCCUACAAAGAAGAAGAUUUGGGAAUCUUUGGGCUGAAAGAAGAUGUCGACAUUCUGGUUGAUCAUCUCACCAAAAACAGUACUGAACAUGUUGUCUCUAUUAUUGGUGAAAGGGGUAUAGGCAAAACAACACUUGCUCGCAUAAUCUACAAAAAUAAAGACAUCAAGCGCCAUUUUCAAUUCUGUGCUUGGGUUUCGGUGUUGGAGGAGUACUCCACAAAAGACAUACUGCUAAACUUGUUCAAGGCAACCCAAAGUAUCACGGAUAAACCCAUUAAUAUGGAUGAUGAGAAAGUAGUGAAGUUGAAGCUUUCAUCAUACCUCAAGAAUAAAAGGUACUUGGUUAUCCUAGAUGGCUUAAGUACUUGCAAUAACUUGGAAGUUUUAAAGGAAACCUUACCAGAUGAAAAGAACGGAAGUAAGCUGCUCUUGACUUGUUUACAAACGAUCGAAACUCCACAGAUGAAGAUAGUUUCGCAUCGUAUGAUGCCUCUAACUGAAGACGACAGCUGGAACAUGUUCAGAGAGAAGAUCGGGAAAGAACAAAGUUGGGCUCUGGUUCCAGAGAAAUCAAAGCUUGCAAUUCUACAGAGCUGUAAGGGUCUACCCCUGAAUGUUGUCCUACUUGCAGGUUUUUUCUCCAUGAAGGAUCCAAGCAGCUGGUCUCAAGUUUUCUGUUGUGAGCAAAACUCUGUAAACAUAUUGUCUCUUUGCUUUAACGACUUGAGCGACCACUUGAAGGUAUGCUUGCUUUAUUCAGUGCUUUUUCCUAAAGGAUUUGACAUUCCAGUAAGGAGGUUACUGCGGCUGUGGCUUGCAGAAGGCUUUGUCAAACAGAAUUCGACCAAAGUGUUUCCAGAAGAUAUCGCCCAAACAUAUUUUGAAGAAUUAGUCAACCGAAACAUGAUUCAAAUAUCAAAAUUGAGGUCUGACAAUAGCCCAAGAAGAUGUCGCGUGGUUGGAGUUCUUCAUGAUUAUUUGUUGCCAAAAGCCCAAGAAACUAAUCUGUUUCACAACUAUCGUAAGUUGGUUAAUUCUGAAGAAGUAGAUUUUCCCAAUGUCCGUAGGAUAGUUGAAUAUGAUAGUCCAAAGAGAGAACAAGGAAACGACAGAAGAGAAAUCAUUGGUAAGGAAAAUGUUGCCUACUCUUCAUCCUCAAAUUAUUUCUCUUCGUUUACAUCAAAUGAGAGUCCAUCGUCCCCUAAGAAAUCACAGCCUAAAAGUUCUUUGUUCAAUCCGACCCAUUUACGAACUUACACAUCAUUUAACUAUCAGAAAACAGAUUACAUGCAUGCUAAGACAAUUGGAAAUCUUUUGGGACAUAUAAUCAGUAAUGGCUUUGGGUUAUUACGGGUGCUUGACUUAGAGGGCGUGUAUAAACCCAUCUUACCCGAAAACCUUGGUAACUUAUGCAAUUUAAGGUACUUAGGUCUGAGAUCGACAUAUUUAGAUACUCUUCCAUCAUCAGUCGGUGAAUUGACACACUUAGAAACCCUAGAUUUGAAGCAUACAUGCAUAGAUGAGCUGCCAUGUUCCAUUUGGAGACUGAAAAAACUUUACCAUCUGAAUCUUAAUGAAAUGCGUCUCAAUAUGCAUCCAAAGUACUCUUCCUUGAGGCUCUGGACAUUAUGGGGAUUGUCUUUGGAUGAGAAAGUCCCCAUAAAGGAUGGUUUAGACAGGUUGAAUGAUCUUAGAGAACUGGGUAUUACAUUCCAGCUAAGCUCCAACCAGUAUGACUUAAUGGAAUGGAUCUCCAAGUUAACAGAAUUACGCUCCUUAAGGCUGCGAUCCAAAGAUAGUCUAGGGCGCCCUUCAAAACUGAUGUUUAAAUCAAUGUCAGAACUUGGGCAACUUUCCCAUCUAAACUUGUUGGGGAAUUUAGAAAAGCUACCUGAUUUAAAUGAAUUCCCACCAACGCUGAAGGUUUUGACAUUGUCAAUCUCACUGCUGAAGCAGGAUCCUAUGCAAACUCUCGGUCAACUUCCGUGCUUGACAGUGCUCCGGCUCUUGGGACAGUCCUACAUAGGGAAAGAAAUGGUUUCCCAUAAAGGAGGGUUUAGUAAGCUUAGGGUGUUGAAAAUGUGGAUGCUGAAGGAACUGGAGAGCUGGUUUGUUGAAGAAGGAUCAAUGCAAAGCCUUAAACAUCUAGAUAUCAGGUGUUGUGAUAAACUACGUAACAUUCCAAUCAGAUUGCUGCAACAACAGCAGUUAGAACACCUGGUAUUGACAGGCAUGCCACAAAUAUUCACAACCGAGGUCGAGCGCAUGAAAUCAGAUCACACGUCCAUAACCAUCAACGAUUGGAAAUUUCCAACUUUACCUUGAGAGAAAGAUGAUUCUACUUUGGUGAAACCUAGCUAAACUUCAGUCAAGCACCAGUCAUAUUCUCAGAUGCUUUUGGCGAACCUUUGUCUGUAGUCAAAAGUUUGUAAUUGUAGUGCGUUUCAUGAUUAAUUUCUCAUUGGCAAAUUGUACUUUAAUUUAUUCCUGCAUGCCCAACAAAAAGUAAACAAUAAUCCUUUUAUCAUCCUCUUGAUUGAGUUAGUUCCACCACUGGUUUGUAUACCAA